AUGACCAUUAAAAAAACAAAAAAGAUCAGAGGACCUUUUCACCCCAGUGGUGCUGAAUUGAAGAAGGAAACUCCAGCCACUUCCGUAGCAAAGGUUUUUGAAGGCCAGGAAGGCAGUGCCAAAACAAAUCUGCCUGUCAUCCACCCCCGCCCUGGAGGUCCAAGAACCUGUGACUGUGAAGGCAGUCCAGACACCCUCCAAGAGCGCUCUGGGAGAAACAAACGUGACCACUAUGCAGUUGAGUUGCCCUUGACCACUGAGUGCACCAUAAGGAAGACAGAAAGCGACAACACACUUGUGCUCAUUGUGGAAGUCAAGGCCAACAAGCACCAGGUGAAGCAGGCUGUGAAGAAGCUCCAUGACAUUGGUGUUGCCAAGGUCACCACCACCCUGAUCAGGGUUGAUGGAGAGAAGGAGGAAAAGUUUGGUUUCUGA